CCGGCAGCAGGGCCCUAGUCCGCUGCUGCCCGUGUGGUUCGAGUUCACCCUGGCACCGGGCAGGUUGGCAGGCCAGCCCGGUCUCAAGGGCGGCGCCCCCUCCGCCCUCUUCCCCGCCCGCGACCUCCCCCCCUCCUCCGCCCCCCUGCUCUCCGCCCUCCGACAGCACCGCUCCCACCUGCAGGCCACCCGCGCAGCAGCGCAGCGGCGGGGCAACCCCCUCACCGCGGCGCUGGGCGCAACUCUGGGGCAGCUGCCGCCGCUGCAGCCGCUGCUGCAGCCCCUGCUGGGGUCAGGAGCGGGGGAAGGGCGACAGGAAGAAGAGCAGGGCGAACGCAAUCCGCAUGGCUUGUCACACCCUUCUUCUUCUCCUUCCACCUCAUCGUCUUCCUCAUCCUCGUCAUCCUCUUCGGCGUCCUCGGUAGUAGGGUUGUCGUACGGCGGGGAUCAAGAUCAGGAUCUGGGUCUGGAUCCAGCAGGUCAGGGGGAUGUGUACGACAACCACG